GGUAAGACUGUUAAGACUCCUCGUCGCCCCUUCGAGAAGGAGCGUCUCGAUCAUGAGCUCAAGCUCAUCGGCGAGUUCGGCCUCAAGAACAAGAGGGAGGUGUGGCGUGUCCACUACGCCCUCUCGAAGGUGAGGAAGAACGCGCGUAAGCUGCUGACCCUCCCCGAGAAGCACCCCAAGCGCAUCUUCGAAGGUUCCGCUAUGCUCCGUCGCCUCCACCGCAUGGGCGUCAUGGAGGAGAGCAAGAACAAGCUCGAUUACGUGCUGGCCCUCAAGAUCAACGAUUUCCUCGAGCGUCGCCUCCAGACCCAGGUCUUCAAGAUUGGUCUGGCCAAGUCCAUCCACCACGCCCGCGUCCUCAUCCGCCAGCGUCACAUCCGCGUCGGCAAGCAGAUCGUCAACGUGCCCUCGUUCAUCGUCCGUACCGACAGCCAGAAGCACGUCGACUUCGCCAUCAACUCGCCCUUCGGCGGCGGUCGUCCUGGCCGUAACAAGAGGAAGAGGGUCAAGGCUAAGGCUGAGAAGGAGGCCGCCGGUGACGGUGGUGAGGAGGAGGAGGAGAUCUAA